GCACAUUUAUAGAACACUUCCAUGUGAUCCUGGGGGAAGACAGACCACGGGCGGAGGGCAGUGCUGGGAAGUCCUCACAUCAGGAAGAGAAGGCCUGUUCUCAGCUCUCCUCUCCUCAUGCUCAGAGCACCCUAGUGGCUUCUGGUAAAAUUCUGAGGGACGCUGGCACCUUGAAUCGCCAUGGGCAACGAGACCAGCACCUCGGGAAGCCAGCAAGAGAACUCCAGCUUGCCUGAUGUCGUCCUGUGGCCUCCGAAGCCUGAGCCUGUGCAGGCUCAGAAAACUUCACCAGCUCAGAGUCCGGGGUCUGUGCAACCACCUGGGAGCGGUCAGAACGUGAAAGGGGACCCGGAGAAGUCUGGAAGUGCUGGGCAUGGAGACUUGCACAGUGCCGGGCACCGAGGCUCCUGCUCCGCUUCUGAGGGUACCGCCAGCCUGGACCCGUGCAUCGUGUCCCGGGAGGUGACCGAGCCAAGCAAAAGCCCCCAGGAGGCCAGGGGCCUGGAAGGUUCUCUGCCAGCCUGCCCACAAGUGCCCUGGGAGAAGGAGUGCCCUUCCGCCUCCAUGCCCUUUGCUAAGGGCCCUCCGGACUCUUGCUUGGCGAGCCCAGUAGCAGAACCUGAAGACUGGCCCCUCAUUCAACACCCCAGGCGGGAACUGUCCCCAGAUGCCUGUGGGGAGGCCCCAACAGCAUCUGUCCCUGACGGGGGCAGUUCUACUCAGUGCAGCGUGGGUGCUGUUGUCCCCAGUGCCAGGCACACGUUGUCUUCCUCUAGCUGCACUGACCGGUCCCUGGGGGUUUCACCAGCACCUCAUCAAGAGCUGAUGAAGGGACAGCCUGGAGAAGAUAGCCACCCUGGUGAUUUCAAGUCCCAAGGGAAUGAGGCUGCAGGUGGCCAGCCCCUGGCAGAGGCCAGGCAGGGGGCGGCCUCUGUGCCACCGGCCCUGGAAGCCUCUGCUGCCGCUCAGCCAGGCAAGGCAAGCUCACCUGGUCUGGAGGAGUCCCCCACAAAGCCUGAGACCCUGACUCUACCAGAGCCAGCCCCCAGAGCCUUGGACAGGGACAAAUGCCAAGGGGAGGUGCCACCUCAGGCUUUUGCCGAUGGCUCAGGAUUGCCUGGGGCCUGCCAUCCCAUGAGGAGCCCUGCAGGGGUUGCCCAGGAAGAUGACACAAAUUCCUGGGAGAGCUGCCAGCAGCAAAUGGGAUCACUUCUGGCACACGUCGAGCCGCCCUGUAAUUCACCGAGCUGCACUCCGGUGCCUGGGGCCAGGGGCUCAGGGAAGGAGACCGGGGAGGCCUGCGAUGCUCGGAGUCACUUGCAGGCAGGGGGGCCAGGAGGUGAGCCCAGUGCAGCCAACCCUGCAGCAGCAGACAGCCAGCCCGGAGGGGCUUUGCUCACGAGCACAGAGCCUUCCCCACCUGCACCGACGGAGGACAAACGUCCCACUUCGGGCUCCGCUCCAUCACCAGCUGCUCAGGCCUCUGCCGCUGCAGAAGAAUCCAGCUGGUUGACCAGGGAGAUGGUUUCCGGGGCAGAGAUGCCAGUUCUUACAGAUCUGGCCAAAGAGUUAGCAGAUGCAGGGUUGGCAGGACAGGAAAAUUUCGAAUCUGAUCUCAGAAGUGAGGGAGAGGGUCUAGGAGGGAACUGUGGAGAGGGCGCUGCCCCUUUGCUCCAGGAGGACAGUGGAGAGGUCUCAGUGAGGGACCAGAAGGUCCAACAAGUGGUACUGCCCCCUGGCCCAACCAGUGUAUCAGAUGAAAAGGCCAGAAGCACACUAGGGUCAAAGGAUGAAGCCAUGGCCCCUGAAAGCCCAGCUGUGGCUGAGGAGGAGAGCAGACUACCCAGGGCCAACUCUAGGGGACAGGAAGAAGUCCCAGAGCCUCUUGAUGGUAGAGAUCCUGAGAAGCCAUGGGAGGAGCAACCCGGGGCCUUAGGCUGCAAGCCCAGCCCAGAGGUGGAAAAAGACGAGGUUUCAAAGCUAAGCCAUGAUGUGGACAGCAACGUGCAUCCCAGCACAGAUUCAGCACAGCCACCCAGGAGGGAGGGUCCCGGGCAUGCCAACAGGCCUGGCUCUCCACCCGAAGAUGCAGUGUGGAGCUCGGUGACCUGUGGGAUGGUGGGAGAAGCCCAUGUUGUCCAGGCCUCUGGCUCACUGCCCAAGUGCCCGGAGAAGGAGCUCGCCCUGCCCCCCGGGCUGGAUGGAACUGGUGAACACAUUCUUCCCAAAGAAGCUGUCUGGGAGGUGCUGGGAUCGCAGACCCAGUGUCCCGACCCCCUUCGGGAUGUGGGGGAAUUGGAAAGAAUGGACACUCUUCCUGCUUUAGAAUCGGAGAAAUCAGACUUCCUGUCAACUUCUGCGGCAGAGGUCAUCCCCAAAGCCCAGGAGGCGGAGAGCCCAUCUGACACAAAGAUGAGGAGCUGCCCGUCGGCGCGGAGGCCCAGCAGCUGUGCCGGGGAGGGUUUGCUGAUACCCUCGGGCCAACCUUGUGGGCUGGGGAGUGAGGCAGCUGGUCAGGAAGUCCAUGCUGAUGGGCCACAUCCCCUCGAGGGGGAGAAUUUGGCAGUGGAUGGUGGGCUUACAAUGCUCAGCCAGGAGCGAGAUCAGCAGGGAAACCCGUCCUGCGACAGCUGGCCACGGGUAGCUGCUUCUGAGGGGCCCCCAGUAUCUUCUGAGAACCGUCUCCAGCCAUUGCAAUCAGAACCAGAAGCAUCCGUGUCUGACAUGCUCAGGGAGAAGCCCCAGCAGUGUGAAAAUGAGAAAGAGACUUAUGCAGGCAGUCGAGGCUUUAAGAACCUGGACACAGCUGCUUCUCCAACCCUCCUCCCUAUGGGACCUCUGGAGGACGUGUGCUUGCCCACCCAUGGCAGAGAGGAACAAGUUUCCAGAUUGGAACUUCAAGGGGAGCUCCCCAAAGGCGGUCUGGCUGCUGCUCCCGGUUUGGCUCCCGGGGGCGUGGUUCCGGGGAGUCCGGCAACAGAAGCAGCAGAGCUGUCAGCAACAGUAGGACCGGCGUCAUCGGAGCCAGGGCAGGCUGAGCGGGAGGGAGCGUGCCGUGGCGGCCUGCCUUCCGGUGUCUCACCACCUGCAGCAGAUGCCUCCAAGGACUCUCCUCUCGCAGGUCACCUGAGCAGAGAGGAGAGUCGCUGUGCGCAGCAGGGGCCCAGCAAGCCCCAGCAGGAACAGGCAGGUGUGUUGCAAGCCAGCGGCCAGCAUGAAGAAGCAUGUCUCAGGGAGGCAGAACUUUCUCAAGCCGCUGACGCUCAGCCCCCGCUCCAGGGGUUGGGUAAGACAGAGAAGGCAAGUGGGAACACAGAGGUGACCCCACCUUGUGGGCCUGACUCAGUCGCCCUCCUGGAUGCAGCUCAGGGCCCGCCAGCCCUGGUGCCCGCCAGCCUUAGAGUCACACCCAGCCAGGAUGCCCCAGACACAGAGGCGUGGGGGGAAAUGCAGGGAGGCGGGCAGCAACCCGUGCCGGCCCCGCAGAAGGAAAUGGAGCUCCCCACCGCCUCAGAUGCGGAGGCCCCAACGCUCCUUGGAAGUUUCCCAGCGGCCAAGGAUCAAGGUGCGGACCGUGGGGCUGCUGAGACUGGUGGGACUGCUGAGGGAGGGGACCUGGGGGUGCAGCGGGCUCUGGAGGGGCCCACGGAAGCUGCUCUGAGUGGCGGCUCCCUUCACACUGAGCAGCGCACCUCCCCUGGGAAGGAAGAUUCUACCUUUGCCCCGUGUGAGCCAAGCCGAGCAGAGCAGCUCUCGGCCAGCUGCCAGGAUGCCUCGCUGCCAGCCGGAGAACUGGGGGGGAUUCCCGGGAGCAAGGUGGAUAUUUCUGCAGCCCAGACUGUCCCCAACCCAAAGAGACCCCUGCCCCCUGGGCCACCGGAAGAGGCCGCUCCAGACACUCCUUACCUGUACAUCGAUGGUGCUGCUGGGAAAGGGGCAGGUCCUCGUCCCGUAGAAGAGCCCCUGCCGACCUUGGGACAGGCCACCUCCAUGAAGCUUUCUGCCGACUUGCUUGCCCUUCCCUCACGACCAGGAGCGGCCAGUGCGGAGGUCUCUGUGGUGCAAGUGAGCAGUGGAAGCCCCAAAGCUGGAAACGCUGAGGGACCUGCGGGCUCCAUCCCCUACCUGGACAGGGCGCCCCUUCCGACGGAGAGUAAGCAGAUGACAGGGGAGGAGGAGGAGGCAAGAGCCCCGGGGGCAGACACCCAGCCUGGCGGGAUGCCAGCGCACCCCACCAGGAAGGAGAGCUUGGCAGGUGAGGCAGCAAGGGAGCCGGAGGGCAGUGGGGAGAGGAUGGUAGACCCUCCCGAGGAUCCGCGGAGAGGUGCGUCAGGCGUUGUGGACGCAGGCUCCAAGCAGAUCGGCAAGAUCACGGGGUUCCCUGACUUCAGGGAGCACAUCACCAAGAUCUUUGAGAAGUCUGUGCUCAGAGCCCUGACCACCGAUCGGCCCCAGAGCGCAGUGGGAGAAAAGGCAGAAGCCGAGGGGAGCCUGAAGGGUGAGGACCUCACCGGGCCACGCCCAGAGAAGACUCCAGAUGGGGCUCAAGGAUUGGCCAUCGCCCCUCUCCUCGCCGUUCCUUCUGGACUCGGGGUGGAUGCAAAGGAAAAGAAGCAAGAGUUGCCUACAGAGGCUAAGCUCCCCUGUCUGGUUCCCCAGGAUCCUGCUUCGGAAAGGCCGCUGGGCUCGGCAGUGCCAGCCUUGGAGCCGAGCCUGCCAGGUGCCGGUGUGGGAAAGGAAAUGACCAGUGUCCCACCGAUGGUGCAGGACGGUGAGAAGCCAGAUGGGGCUGGGGAGGCCGGGCCGGGGCGUGUAGGCCAGGACCCCUCCCAGCAGGCUGGGGGCCAGCGAGAACGAGCCUCAGGUCCUUCCCUGCCCACCGACGUUCUGGAGACUCCCGUGGGAAAAGCUGCGGACUUCCAGGGGGAGCCCCCGAGCCACCAAGAAGGGGCCUCAGUUUCAGAAGACAGAAUUCCUCCUGGAAUAUACCCCCAGGACCGUCAACCCAGGGAGGAUGGUGCCUGGGGCUUUGCUCACACAGGGGGUCCGAGUGACGUGUCCACCUCUGUCCUGGGAGCAUCUUCUCCCCGCAGGGGGGUUUCAACUGUGGCCGAGGCCGUCUGUGCACCCGGGACCCCCGCCACCCCUGGGGGCGAGCAGAGGCAUGGAGGUGGUGCCCUGGGUGAGCCGGGUGCUCCCGAGCCAGAGGCUGUGGAAGUAGCAGCCACGGCCCCGGAGCCCGGCUUGGGGGCAGGAGCUGCUGGGGAAGCAGAGGGUGACGUCACUUCAAGCACAGCCGAGACCGGGGCACGUGUGGCUGGGGACCCGCCCGAGACAGGUACAACAAGGAUGUUCUCUGGUGCUGCUCACGGGGACGCAGGCUGCUCUGCUGGGGCCCCAGGCUCGGAGGAUGCCGCCACUCUGCCGGGGGCCAGCCCGGCUGGGCACCUGCUGGCUAAGGAGCAGCCCGGGCCCCACCCCUCAACUCCUGUUGGGGGCGGGAAGGUGCACGUCUCUUCACCUCCGGAACCUGACAAGACUCGGGACCCAAGACCCCAAACCCCGGCUCCGGGAGUGCUCCAGGCCGAAAGAAGCAGCCCCGGGCCUGGCCUAUCCACCUUACCUUCCAUUCCCGAGAAGGAAGCUCCAGAUGCCCCAGACAAGGUCAUCUCGGAUGCAGCCAGAAGCAUGGGAGGAGCAGAAAGGUCACAUGUAGCAGAUGAUGUCAUCCAGCCAGCUGCCCUUGAGGACCUGGAAAACCCACUGUUAGCUGCCUCUUCACACCACGGUGAUGUCCUCAGCCAGGUCUCCAGGGAUCUGACGGCCCAGAGGAGUUCUGACUCUGAAGAAGCAUUUGAGACCCCCGAGUCAACGACUCCUGUCAAAGCUCCACCAGCCCCUCCCCCGCCGCCCCCUGAAGUCACUCCAGAACCUGAGGUCAGCGUGCAGCUCCCCCUGGAAGAACCAGAUGCUCUUCAUUUAUUGUCAGAGAGACACAGCGAGAGAGAGAACACAGGCUGCGGUUCCGAGCCGGCCUCUGUCCCCGAUGGCCCACGCAGCAGCUCAGUGGAAGGGAGCCCCUUCCGCCCCCCAUCACACUCCUUCUCUGCCGUCUUUGAUGAAGACAAGCCUAUAGCCAGCAGCGGGACUUACAACUUAGACUUUGACAGCAUCGAGCUGGUGGACGACUUCCAGACCUUGGAGCCCCGCUGCACAGACUCUAAGAGUCAGGAAUGCAAAGUGAACACGCGGAGGAAAUCCACCGAUUCUGUGCCCGUCUCCAAGUCCACGCUGUCCCGCUCUCUCAGCCUGCAAGCCAGUGACUUUGAUGGUGCUUCUUGCUCAGGCAACCCUGAGGCCGUGGCCCUGGCCCCAGAUGCAUAUAGCACGGGUUCAAGCAGUGCUUCCAGCACCCUUAAGCGAACUAAAAAGCCAAGACCACCUUCCUUAAAAAAGAAGCAGACCACGAAGAAACCCACCGAAACCCCCCCAGUGAAAGAGACACAACAGGAGCCAGUGGAGGAGAAUCCUGUCCCCAGUGAGGAGAAUCGAGCCCUAGAGACGAAACCGGAAUUGGCCAAGACGGAGGGUUCUGUCCCAGCCCUCUUGGAGGAGACGCCCCUGGAACCCACUGCUGUGCCCAAGGCUGCCUGCCCUCUGGACCCCGAGGGUUCCGAAGGGGCCGUCCCCCCAUCUUCUGGAAGUGGCAGAGUGCAGAACUCACCUCCGGUUGGAAGGAAAACGUUGCCCCUCACCACGGCUCCGGAAGCAGUGGAGGUGACCCCAUCAGAUAGCGGGGGGCAGGAGGACUCCCCAGUCAAAGGGCUCUCGGUGAGGCUGGAGUUUGACUAUUCUGAGGACAAGGGUAGUUGGGAUACCCAACAGGAAAACCCUCCUCCUACCAAAAAGCCAGGCAAAAAGCCAGUUGCCAAAAUGCCCCUAAGGAGGCCAAAGAUGAAAAAAACACCCGAGAAACUCGACAACACUCCUGCCUCGCCUACCAGAUCCCCCGAUGAACCCAGCGACAUCCCUAUCGCCAAAGGUACCUACACCUUUGAUAUUGACAAGUGGGAUGACCCCAAUUUUAACCCUUUUUCUUCCACCUCAAAAAUACAAGAAUCUCCCACACUGCCCCAGCGGCCCCACAACUUUGACCCAGACGCCUGUGACGAAUCCAUUGACCCUUUUAAGACGUCCUCUAAAACCCCCAGCUCGCCUUCUAAAUCCCCAGCCUCCUUUGAGAUCCCAGCCAGUGCCAUCGAAGCCAAUGGAGCGGACGGGGAUGGGCUGAACAAGCCCGCCAAGAAGAAGAAGACCCCCUUAAAGACUGACACAUUUAGGGUGAAAAGGUCGCCAAAACGGUCUCCUCUCUCUGAUCCACCUUCUCAGGACCCCACACCAGCGGCAACACCAGAAACGCCGGUCAUCUCCGCGGUGGUCCACGCCACUGAUGAGGAGAAGCUGGCGGUCACCAACCAGAAGUGGACGUGUGUGACGGUGGAUCUGGAGGCUGACAAGCAGGACUACCCACAGCCCUCGGACCUGUCUACUUUCGUCAAUGACACCAAAUUCAGCUCGCCCACAGAGGAGUUGGAUUACAGAAACUCCUAUGAAAUCGAAUAUAUGGAGAAGAUUGGCUCCUCCUUACCUCAGGACGAUGAUGCCCCGAAGAAGCAGGCCCUGUACCUUAUGUUUGACACGUCUCAGGAGAGCCCGGUCAAGUCUCCCCCCGUCCGGACGUCAGAGUCCCCGACGCCGUGUUCAGGGUCAAGUUUUGAGGAAACCGAAGCCCUUGUAAACGCAGGGGCAAAGAUCCAGCAUCCUGUCCCACGAGGACUGGCACCCAACCAAGAGCCACACUUGCAGGUGCCAGAGAAAUCCUCCCAGAAGGAGCUGGAGGCCAUGACCUUGGGCACUGCUUCAGACACAAUUGAAAUUACAGCUCCUGAGGGCUCCUUUGCCUCUGCUGACGCCCUCCUCAGCAGGCUAGCUCAUCCAGCCUCUCUCUGUGGUGCGCUUGACUAUCUGGAACCCGACUUAGCAGAAAAGAACCCCCCAGUAUUUGCCCAGAAACUUCAGGAGGAGUUAGAGUUUGCUGUCAUGCGGAUAGAAGCUCUGAAGCUAGCCAGGCAGAUUGCCCUGGCUUCCCGUAGCCGCCAGGACACCAAGAGAGAAGCUGCUCACCCAACAGAUGUCUCCAUCUCCAAAACAGCCUUGUACUCCCGCAUCGGGACCAGUGAGGUGGAGAAGCCCGCAGGCCUUCUGUUCCAGCAGCCCGACCUGGACUCCGCACUCCGGAUUGCUCGAGCAGAGAUCAUAACCAAGGAGAGAGAAGUCUCAGAGUGGAAGGACAAAUACGAAGAAAGCAGGCGGGAAGUGAUGGAAAUGAGGAAAAUAGUGGCAGAGUAUGAGAAGACCAUCGCUCAGAUGAUAGAGGAUGAGCAGAGGGAGAAGUCCGUCUCCCACCAGACUGUCCAGCAGCUGGUCCUGGAGAAGGAGCAAGCUCUGUCCGACCUGAACUCCGUGGAGAAGUCUCUGGCCGACCUCUUCAGGAGAUACGAGAAGAUGAAGGAGGUCCUUGAGGGUUUCCGCAAGAAUGAGGAGGUGCUGAAGAAGUGUGCCCAGGAGUACCUGUCCCGCGUGAAGAAGGAGGAGCAGAGGUACCAGGCCCUGAAGGUGCAUGCGGAGGAGAAGCUGGACAGGGCCAACGCCGAGAUCGCGCAGGUCCGAGGCAAGGCCCAGCAGGAGCAGGCUGCCUACCAGGCCAGUCUGCGGAAGGAGCAGCUUCGUGUGGACGCGUUGGAGAGGACGCUGGAGCAGAAGAAUAAAGAGAUAGAGGAACUCACCAAGAUUUGUGAUGAACUGAUUGCCAAAAUGGGGAAAAGCUAACUUUGAACCAAAUGUUUGGACUUGACCCUUGCGUGCAAUAUGACCGUCGGCUCCCUGCUGUCCCUCCGGUUACGUCGGACAGGCUCUGUCUUCACUUUUUCGUAUGCACUACUGUAUUUCCUUUCUAAAUAACGUUGAUAUGAUUGUAUGCAGUACUAAGGAGACUAUCAGAAUUUCUUGCUAUUGGUUUGCAUUUUCUUAGUAUAAAUUCAUAGCAAGUUGACCUCAGAGUUCCUGUAUCAGGGAGAUUGUCUGAUUCUCUAAUAAAAGACAAGUCGCUGACCUUGGCCUUGCCCUUUGUACAUGAGUUCCCAGGGUGAGCGUCUUUUGGAUUUAAUAUGAACAUGUACAGCUUGCACAGGGACUCUUGCCUUAAGGAGUGUAAACUUGAUCUGCAUUUGCUGAUUUGUUUUAAAAAAAAAAUGCAUGUUUCGAAUAAAAUUCUCUAUUGUAAAUAAAUUUUUUUUUCUUUGGAUCUUGGCAA